AUGGAACAUAAUCAAUUAUCUUUAAAUAAUCCGCAUUAUUUAGAAAUGGAUGUUUUAUUUAAAGAAAAUAUGAAUUUAUUGAAUGAAAAUAAAUCUCUUCAACAAACAUUGAAUACCACUAAAAGUCAGUUCGAAAGUAUGCAAUCUCAAUUCAUUAAUAAAUGUGCAUCAGAAUCAGUUUAUCAUAAUACGGAACUACAAAAUAUCCAAACGGAACUUACAGAAGCUCAUAAACGUAUUGAAAAUUUGCAAUGUCAAUUGUACUCAUCAAUUGAACAGAAUACACGUCUUGCAAAAACAAUGGAAGAAGAACAUAUUGAUACCUUAUCUGAAUAUCAACAACAUGUAUACGAAUUAAUAAGAUUGUCGAAUGAAGCUUGUGAAUUACUUCUUAAGCAGUCUGAACAACUCAGCAGUAAAUUAAAUCCUAUCUUGAACAUACUUGAAACUGCUGAUCAGCGGCUCGCAUUGACCAAUACCAAUGUUGACUCAAUACUUAUGGUAACACGUAAACGUUUUCAAACCUACACAACUUCAAUCGAACAGUUACAAAAUGAGAUGACAAUUAUAAAAGGUGAUUUAGUUACGCGCAAUGAUGUUGUAAACAACUUAAACAUGGAAUUAGAAAAGAAACAAAAUGAGAUAAAUAACUUACAUUUAACAUUGGAUAAAUACAAUUCAUUCAAUCAAACAAUUCAUAAUUUCAUAUGUAAUGAUCAUCAUCAAUUAUGUCAAAAUUUAAUCAAACUAUGUCAGUCUAAAAUUAAUUGGAUAGUAACUGAAAUGAAUGAAUCUAAACAAAACCUGAACAACACCGACAUCGAAAAUAAUAAUAAUAAUAAUGAACAAGACCUGUACAAUGAAUAUAACCAAAUUGAAUUAGAUGCCAAAACUUUAAAUGAAUCGUUUAAUACAAUUGAACAUUUAAUGUUUGCCAAUUUCAAUAGGGAAUGCAAUGUAAACUACUUAGAAUUAAUUUGUCAUUGGUUAAAUUCAGAAUCUUAUACAACGUGUACAGAUAAUCUUUCCAAGAAUUUUCAUAAAUUCGACAUAUUGGAUACACGUUCACAAAUAUUACACAAAGAAUUCAUAAAUAACUUUAAAAAUUCCAUUGUACAUAAUCAUCAAUCUAAUAUAGAUGAACUUCAUAUUCAAUUGGAUUCAUUAAAGAAUCAAUGUAAUGAAUUAAAUAAUCAAUUAAUUCAAUUACAAUUAAAUAAUCAAACAUUAAUAGAUGAUCAAAAGUUAACAGAUGAAAAAUACAAUUCAAUGGAAGUAUCUUUAAUGAAAGCAAAUCAAAUGAUUAAUGAAUUUAAACAAAAUGAAUUAAUUUUAAAAGAGAAUUAUACUAAUCAAUUGAAAUUAUUUGAAGAGAAUCAACAAACAAUCUGUGAUUUAAAUAAACAAUUAGAGUUGAUUACAGAAAAAUCUAAUCGUCUUUCUAAUGAGUUAACAGAAAAAGAAACUGUGCUUAAUAAUACAUUCGAAGAAUCUGAAAAAGUUGUGUCUUCACUAAAUACUAAGUGCGAUCAAUUACAAAAUGAAUUACAGAGAAUACAAUUAGAACAUGCAAAUAUAUUAGAAAACUAUAAAAUUAAACAUACAGAUGAAUUGAACGAUUUAAACAAGAAAUAUGAAAUGGAAAAAUCUCAAUAUAUUGAACAAUUAAAUAUUGAACAUCAAACUGCUUUAAAAAGUGCUGUUGAUAAUGCUAUUUUCAUUAAAGAAAAACAAAUGAAGCAACAGAAUUUAGAACUGAGAAAUCGUUUAAAACAAGUCUUACAAGAGUUAGAAACUAGUAAAAAAUCAUCCGCUACUCCAUCACGUCGUGAAAUUGAAUUACAAAAUAUACUACAUGAAACUGAAGAGAAAUUGAAACAGUUACAACUGGAGCAUGCAGAUCAAUGUAAAUCAUUUGAAAAAUUACAAAUAAAAAUUGAGGAAUUAGAAUCAAGGAAUUUGGAAAUUAAUGAUAAUUCUAAGAAGAAUCAACAAGAUUUGUGGGAUCACAAUUGUGAUUCCGUAUCAGAAAUUCACGAAAAGUAUCAAAUGGAAAUAGAAUUAUUAAAAACUGAACAAGCAAAUUAUAUUCAAGAAAUAACAAGAGAAUUUGAACAGAAGUUAUCAACUAAUGAACGUGAAGUGAUCACACGACAAAAUAUUGAAAUUGAUCAAACAUUAACAAAGUUAAAACAAAUGGAACAAAGUCAUUCCGAAAAAUUAGCAUAUUUCGAGGAAACUAUCUCAGACUAUGAUCGUCAGAAUACAAGACUUAAGAAUCGUAUUAUUGAAUUACAAUCGGAGUUAAAACGUUUAACAGAAAAUAAUAAUACCGUUGAAGCUAGAUAUGAACCCAUUAAAGUGGUCGAUACACCUGUUACAACAUCAACCCGACCAAUUGUUUCUCGUCAUGAUGUUGAUGUACAAUGUGAUAUAAAACUCAAUGAAAACAAUUCACUUAUUAACACUACUACAAAUACUAAUAUUUGUAAUCAUGAGAAUGGAACCGUGUCAUCAACUGAAUUAUGUUCUGAAGUAAAUAAUAAUACUCAUCUACAGUCAAAUGAUGAGUGUGAUGAUUGGAUUGAAAAAGUACGUCAAGAAAUACUUCAGUCAGAUUCUAUUGAUUCUUUACACCCAGCAUUGCGCCAAUCUCGAUAUCCUACUUCGGUUCCUAUACGUGAUUAUGAAGCGCUUCAAUUACACAAUACAGAUCUUCAAAAUCAAUUACAACAACUUUCUGCCGAUUUUGAAGCAUUACAAUCUAAAUGUACAGCUGCAUGCAGUAGUGCCAGUAAUAAACAUUCCUUAUUUGAAUCAUUGCAUGUUCAUGCAGUGGAUAGUACAGUUAAAUUAAACAAUUCUAGUUUAUCGUUUAAUUCAAUUCCACCUGAUUAUCAACAUGUUUUGCUGACUAGCCCAAGUGAUAAUCGUUUACAUGAGUUAGUUGAAUAUGAAUAUUUGAAAAAUGUUCUCUUCGAGUAUAUGCAAGGACGUGAAACUCAAACAUUGUCAAAAGUUCUAUGCUCGUUAAUGCGUUUCAAUGCAGAUCAAACGCGUAAAGUACUAACUUAUGAAGAUCAAAAAAGCAAGCACAAAUUAAUAUAGGACAUGGACUAUUCGCACAGUUAUGGAAUGAAGUGAAACUGAUGAAGUAAUAUCAGUAACUCUAAAUUGCGACAAGCGAUUUCCUCACUACUACUACUACCACCAUCACCUUUUCUUGUCUCUCUCUCCUCAUACAUAACGGCAUACUUCAGAGAUGAUUUUUCUGGUUUACUUGAGUCAUUGUACAUUUCCUAGGUGUUACUAUUUGUGUCUCGAGUUCUCCACAUGCUUUAUUUUGCCUUUUAUCCUAUUUAGGAUAAAGUGUGGAUUUCUACUGCUAUUUUCUUGAUUUCAUCAAUCGUUGUUUCGUUCCCUAUUUUAAUUACUUCGUUAUAUAUUGUGAUGCUUUUUGUUUUGUCGCAUUUUUUCAACAAUAAAAUGCAGACGUAUAUGUGGCUGUGAUAUGAACAAGUUGUAAUAAUCUUUUUUUUAAUAUACACCUUUAAUAUAUUGUUCAAAUGAUCUGUCGUACAGGUAAAAUAUUCUCCAUAUUUCAAAUAAUAACUUGAUAUUACUGUUAUUUA